AUUAAAUGCUUUGUAACAAUGGUCCCUUUACUUUUUUAUGUCAGGGAACAAAAAAAAUAACAGGCAUCAUGUUAAAUUCCCCCAAAGAGGAUUAUGAGAUAUUCUUGAAUGUUGAUUGCUUCUCGAAGAUGAAAAAUCUUAAAAUUUUCAUGAACUAUAACGUAUUUCUUUCUGGAGACAUUGGUUAUCUCCCAAACAUGUUGAGAGUGCUUGAUUGGUAUAGUUGUCCGCUCCAAUCUUUUCCACCCAAAUUUCAUCCAAAGGGACUAAGGUUGCUCAAUCUUCCUUACAGCCCCAUCAAACAACGAGGGGAGGGAUUGAAGCAUUUCACAAAGUUGACAUUUUUGAAUUUAACGGGCUCUGAAUUCCUAACUGAAAUUUCCGACCUAUCCGGCAGCCCAAACUUAAGGUACUUGUAUGCGAACCAUUGUAAAAGUUUAGUUCAGGUUCAUCCAUCUGUUGGAUCUCUUGAUAAACUUCAAGUAUUGAAUUUUUAUGGCUGCUGUGAACUCACCAAGUUUCCAAAUGAAGUUUGGUGCAAAUCUCUGGAACAGUUGGAUCUUAGAAAUUGCAUAAAAUUGGAGAGGUUCCCAGAAAUUAUGGACAAAGUGGAAUCCUUAAAUAAAUUGGACCUUUUCAGAACUGCUAUAAAAGAGUUGCCUGCGUCAAUUGGAAAUCUCAUUGGGCUGACAGGUUUGGGCUUACAUGGAUGUCCUAUAAAAGAGUUGCCUGCCGUAAUUCAAAAUCUCAUUGCCUUAUCUGGAUGUCCUAUAAAAGAGUUGCCUGCGUCAAUUGGAAAUCUCAUUGGGCUGACAUAUUUGGACUUACGUGGAUUUGCUCUAAAACAGUUGCCUGCGUCAAUUGCGCUGACAUCUUUGCGCUUAUCUGGAUGUCCUAUGUUGAUGAUCUAUGUUGAUGAUCUCAUAUUUACUGGAAAUAAUGAAAUUAUGUUUACCAACACUACCAAAAAAAAAAAAUAA